UCUGUAGCCCGUCACUAUGGCGCAGUAUGUUCAGAUAGUCCGCAGGGCCGUGGGCCAAAUCACGGGUCACGGAGGCGUCAAGGGGCUUCUAGUGCAAUUCUUCAGGGCGAAUGAUGUGAAGACCGGCGCGCUGGUCGGUAUCGACAAAUAUGGCAACAAGUACUAUGAGGACAAGCAACAUUAUUUUUUCGGCCGUCACCGGUGGGUCAUUUACACCACGGAGAUGAACGGCAAGAGAACGCUGUGGGAUGUUGACGGCAGCAUGGUGCCUGCGGAAUGGCACCGGUGGCUUCACUGCAUGACUGAAGAUCCUCCCACCACACAUCCUCCAGAGCCCAAGAAGUUUCUGGCGGAAGUCCAUCAGAUUAACGUGAGCGGAUCGUCCGCGUGUUACGUCCCGUACUCCACCACUUCUAAGAAAAUCCACGAGUGGGUACCGCCUAAAGCUGGACAGCACUGACACCAAGAGCAACAAAGACAUUUGUUGAUGUGUCUGAGCUUGUGUAAAUUAUAACUGGGAUUUCUAACUGUAAAUGAUUAAAUCUACAAAAAAACUCA